AUGGACGGCCGGGGGCGCGUCACGCGGGGCCACAAAACACGCGGCCCCGAAGCACGGGAAAGGAAAGGGGAGAGGGAUCGAGAUUCCAGCGGCGACGGCAGGCAGAAAAGGCGUUGCCGAACAGAAGCGUCGCGUUGGGGGGCGAGCGAGCGAGCGAGCGAGCGAGCGAGCCAAGCAUCCAUGGCGGAGCGCAAGGAGGAGUCGGUGAUGGACAAGAUCACGGAGAAGUUCCACGGGUCCUCGUCGUCCUCGUCGUCGUCGGACGACGAGGGGAGGUCGGGGUCCUCGUCGUCCGUCAAGGCCAAGAUCUACCGCCUCUUCGGCCGCGAGAAGCCCGUCCACUCCGUCCUCGGCGGCGGCAAGCCUGCCGACCUCUUCCUGUGGAGGAACAAGAAGAUCUCUGGCGGGGUGCUCGCGGGCGCCACCGCCAUCUGGCUGCUGUUUGAGGUCCUGGAGUACCACCUCCUCACCCUCCUCUGCCACGGCUUCAUCCUCAGCCUGGGCAUCCUCUUCCUCUGGUCCAACGCCUCUGCCUUCGUCAACAAGUGCCCUCCCAACAUUCCAGAGGUGAAGAUCCCUGAGGACCUGGCUGUCAAUGUUGCCCGCUCGCUGCGAUACGAGAUCAACAGGGGCUUUGCUAGCCUGAGGGCGAUUGGUCAAGGCCGUGACCUGAAGAAAUUCCUGAUUGUGGUCGCAGGCCUGUGGAUCCUCUCUUUUCUUGGCAGCUGCUGCAAUUUCCUGACCUUGUUCUACAUAGUCUUCAUGGUGCUUUACACCGUGCCUGUUCUGUAUGAGAAGUAUGAGGACAAGAUCGAUGCUUUUGGAGAGAAGGCCAUGGUUGAGCUGAAGAAGUACUACGCCAUCUUCGAUGAGAAGUGCCUGUCCAAGAUUCCCAAGGGCCCGUCCAAGGAUAAGAAGCAGCACUAG